AUGGUGCAGGUGCAAGUAGAAUUCCUUGGUGGCCUCGAUGUCAUAUUUUCUAAGCAACGGAAACAUCAGGUUUCUGUAGAGGGAGCGAACGGCUCAGUCACGGUAGGUGAUCUCAUAGACUACAUCGUUUCAAAUAUGAUCCAAAAACAGAAAGAUGUGUCCGUCUUUCUCGAGGAUAAUACUAUUCGGCCAGGUAUAUUGACCUUGAUUAAUGACACUGACUGGGAACUUGAAGGGGAAAAGGAAUAUGUCCUUGAGGAUGGAGAUAUUGUAUCCUUUACCUCUACUCUACACGGAGGAUAA